AUAUAAUGAUAUAUAUAUAUAUAAAUUAAAUAGUUUUCAGUUUUAAAAUCUAUAUUCAGUCUGAAAUUUGAGUGGUAUCGUAUUCUAAGAGAAAAACUCAUCGUCGAGCAACUGCAAUGUGAAAAGGUACCUUAUGUAUUUUAUGCUCUAUCAAAUAAUAACUGAUGCAGCAAACUGGAAGUAUCCUGACUUAUCACAACAGAAAACUAUUUUAUGUUAAAAGCAAAAUUGAUCAACAAGCAAAAAUAUGGGAAAUUGUUGUACAGCUCAGCUUGGCUGCAGUUGUGGGUGCAUCGCAUGUCGGCUUUGUUGUUGGUGUUGUCCAUCUGUGAGCGAGUCCACAUCCACUCGGCUCAUGUACACGUUGUUUCUUCUGUUUGGUACUGUGUUGAUGUGCAUCAUGCUUACUCCUGCCAUACAAGAAGAAAUAAUGGAGAAGUUCCCCCAGUACAAUGAAACCUGUGUGACACUACGUGUAGGUCAAAACUGUGAGCUUUUAGUCGGAUACAUGGCUGUCUACCGUGUAGCAUUCGCCUUGGCAAUAUUCUUUCUUUUCAUGUGCCUGUUGAUGGUGGGUGUGUCUUCUAGUCUCAGUUGCAGGGCUGGAAUUCAUAAUGGCAUGUGGUUUAUUAAGUUUGCUGUUCUGUGUGCGACGUGUGCUGGAGCAUUUCUGGUCUCCCCUUCUCACGUAGAAAAGAUCAGUACAGUGUGGAUGUAUGUAGGAAUGGCUGGAGCAUUUCUCUUCAUCCUCAUCCAGUUGUUGUUGAUUGCUGAUUUUGCACAUGCAUGGACAGAUAAUUGGAUGGACAGAGUACAAAAUGGUGGAUCUAAAUGUUGGUUUUUAUUGAUGAUUCUCUGUGCUGUUGUGGUCUACAGUGGUGUGUUGGUUGGAGCAGUUCUGUUGGCCAGAAGCUUCACUAGUCUAGAAGGAUGCCUGACAAACAAAAUUUUUAUUGGUGUCAACAGUGGCUUGUGUCUGCUCUGUGGAAUCAUUUCAGUCCUCCCAUGUGUGGAAAAAAACACAGGAGACUCUAGGGCUGGAAUGCUGCAGUCUUCUGUCAUCUCUGCAUACGUUAUGUAUUUAACUUGGUCAGCAUUGUCCAGUGAACCUCAUGAUACAGAUCAACUAGAUAAUGAUGAAGGUAAAUAUCAGCAGAGAAACUUUUUAGAAGAUGCAGAAAUCUCAUGUGGACCUUCUCACCAGUCGUUUUUAGCUAACGAAGAAAUUAUCACCUAUGUUGGUGUUAUCAUUAUGUUUUUUAUGGUGUUGAGUUCUACAAUAAGAACUUCAAGAGAUUCUUACAAACUAGGAAUACGUGUUGCUGAGCAAAAGUAUUGUUCCUGUUGUUGUUCCCAUCCUAGGUCAUCUGCUGGAGUACAAGUUGAUGAUCAGGGAGGCCAGAAGGUGAUUAGAAAUGAAGCUGAAGGUGUCAUCUAUAGUUAUUCAUGUUUCCACCUUUUGGCCUGCUUAGCCUCUCUCUAUAUUAUGAUGCAGCUCACUCACUGGUUUAGACCUGAACAGGCACAGUUGAUAUCCUUCGAGAAAAAUUGGGCUUCUGUUUGGGUAAAGAUGGCAUCAUCUUGGAUAUGUAUGCUCAUUUAUAUCCUAACCCUGGUAGCCCCUGAACUUUGUCCUGGUCGGCUGAACAGAAGAAACCGACAACAACCCCAGAACAUUGAACUCCACCAGGUGAACCAAAGAUCUAGACCGAAUCACUAAAUGGAGAAGAUUGAUAAAAGAAAUGGGGAUAUUGCACCAGUGUGUUAAUAACUAAACUCAUAAUUUCUUGAAUUUUGGAAGGAAAUAUGUAAAACCAUCUGAACUUUAUAACAUUAAUGCUAUAUUGUCUUGGGCAAUUUUAAAGAGUGGGUUAAACUUUUAUUUUGUAGCUAGUGGUUCAAGAGUAGUUUAGAAUUGUUAGCAGGACGUUUGUAAAAUUAAAGGUGUAUUUGUCAUAAUAUGUAGCUAUAUAUAUAUGAAAGACAUAUAUUUCAUGUCACUAAAAGCAGUGUUAUUCAGAAACUCAGUUGUCAGUGACAUGGAUGUGAACAAAUUUUAAAAGAUAUAGAAAAAAUAGCAACAGCAGUCCAUGAAUAUGAUGCAGAAUCUUAAAGAAAAGUUUUCAUACUUCUUUGCAAAAACCAAAACACCUCAGAAAUAGAAUAUUACAUAAAUAUACAUAUUAUAUUGUGAUAUUAAUUAGAGCCUUAUACAUGUGCUUUUAUCUCUCUUUCUAUAUAUAUAUAUAAAGUAUUUUUAUAAUUUUCAUCUUCAUUGCUGUAUUCUGUGUUUCUCCACGUGAACAUUCUCAUCUUGCCAAUAACCCUGAAAAGUUCAAGUUGUGUAAGCUCAAACAAAGAUUUCUAUAUAACUGAUCCUUGUAAACAGCUGAUUAAAGAAGACAUAAGGAUGAACAAUAAGAAUAUCCUGUAAGAACAGUCUUUCAGCUAUUGUGCUUUAAAUCAAGUUUUCAAUAGAUCAGUUGUUAUUUUAAUAGAAUUUAAGUAACCUUAGUUUUAGAGACAACAAAUGGUUAUUGUUAGGUGUUUUAUGUGCUUUUUAAAUCAAUAAAAUAUCAAGAUCUGAUAUUUUUUAUUUACUGUUUGCUCUGAUGAAAAAGAAAGUUGUGAUUUUAGUUUGAAAAUACAUAUGUUGUGCUUUUAUGAGUACCUAACUUACUGAAAGUGUGCAACAUAAGGUUUGAAUAUUGGUGUUACUACACUAGGCUUUAAUCAGUUAAAGAUAAUAAACAACGAUAUAAGUGUUAUUGUCAUUACUAGAUCUUAAUCAGCUAGAAGACAGUAUUGUAUUAUAUGCAAUUUAAGCCUGUUUCUAAAGGCCAAGAGAUGUAUUAGGUUAGCCCAUGGAAACAAACAUUUUACCCAUCAUUCAAUAGUAUUAUGUUUGAAAAUUUUGUUUUUAGUUUUAAUAAAUGAAAGGUAUAAAAUUUCAUGGACAUUUGUAUUCUACUUGUUUGUAUUAAAUUGCUCAAUGAUGUAUUAAAAUUUCUCCUAGUAUUAGUUCUGAGAGUGGUUUUGUAGAUUUACGAUAGUAACAUAAGUCACUAUUUUAUUUUAUUAUUUCAGUUUUAGAAUCUUCACUGUUUUUAUAGUUAUAUCUGUAGAUGUAUAUAUAUAUAAUAAAUGAUUGUAAGAAGAAAUCAAUAUAUAAUAUAUAUAUAUUACGUAUAUAUAUGGAUGUGCAUUGAUUGUGCAAUAUUGCAGACUAAUUUACUUAUUAACAUGUAUUUUUAUUUUUGUAGAAUUUUAUUGCAGAGGUUCUUAUUUGUUUUUCAAUUCAUGUAAUACUUCAUUUAAAAAUGAGCAGAAAGAUUGUUCUGUUACAGCAAGAAACAUUUCUUAUUAUCAAUAACUCCACUACUGAAGGGUUAGUUAUACUUCUAAAUUAUCCUAAACCCAUUCACCAAAGGUUGUUUUAUAAUUGUUAAUCCCACUUUGUUGUUUUCAUUCAAAGGGAACCUUCCUACUUUUCUUACCCUUAAGUAAAAGAAUCAAUGACACCCUUUACAACCUAUUAUCAACAUGGCUAUUUGUUCUUCUCAUUGAAAUGAACCCUUCCUACCUUUCUUACCCUUAAGUAAAAGAAUCAAUGACACCCUUUACAACCUAUUAUCAACAUGGAUAUUCGUUCUCAUUCAAAUGAACCCUUCCUACCUUUCUUACCCUUAAGUAAAAGAAUCAAUGACACCCUUUACAAUCUAUUAUCAACAUGGCUAUUUGUUCUUCUCAUUCAAAUGAACCCUUCCUACCUUUCUUACCCUUAAGUAAAAGAAUCAAUGACACCCUUUACAACCUAUUAUCAACAUGGAUAUUCGUUCUCAUUCAAGAGGACCCUUCCUACCUUUCUUACCCUUAAGUCAAAGAAUCAAUGACACCUUUUACAGCGUAUUAUCAAUAUGUAGAUGUUUCAAAUGUUUUCUGUACUUCUGCACAAAAUUAAGUUCUUGUAACUUAAGAAUAAUUAAAUAUUUUAAAAUUUUCAAAUAUUUGUAAAAUCAACCAAUCUUAUACUAAUAAUCAUUGUAUUGUUGUUAAAAGGAGAUGUUUGUAGAAGUUGAUACCUAAUGCAAUAGUUAUGUAUCUCAAGUAUCUUAUUAGGUAUAUGUCAGUUGUAUUUAAUUGCUCUUUGGAAGAGUUUCCAAUGGUGAAACUAACAUAGAACUGUUGGUAGGAGAAUAACCUUGUAAAACAGAGUAAUUAUCAUUAAAAAAAUUUCUAAUUACUUUCAUUUAUCCAAUAUUAGAGGAUGAAUGUAAGAGCAGAGUUCAGGUUGUAUGGGUUUUGGGGUAUAAUUUGUUUAAUAUUUGAAUUAUACAUUUGAGCUGUGCUAGUCCUUGUUUUCCAAAUUGUAGGGUGAAUCAAAUAUUUUGAAUUGUCAAAUGUUACAGUAUUUCUUGACUGAACCUGCUAUUACUGUAGUUUUAGUUUGAGACCUGUAAACAGUCACCAUUUCUGCAAAAUGCUGCAUGUGUGUGUUGUGGCCAUAAAGUGUUUAAUUCAAGUUUUUGUGAAGAGAUUAUAAGUUACUUGACAAAAGUGUAAUAUUACAAUUUGUGUUUUUUCACUUUAAGUAUUUAAACAAUACAUAUAAUAAAGAUAUGUUUUUUU